UAACGACGACGACGACGAGUUUACGGACGCGCCAUCUCGGGAGCUGGGCCAUUUUGACAAACACAUUUUUUAAUCAACCCAAAUCACCGUCCCGUGUCUCACCGACAACAGACUCCCCUUCUCAGACCUGAACGGAAAGAUCGAAAAUGGGCGUCGCUCAGAAAGCCUUCUAUUACCUCGUCCACCCGAACCAGCUUCGGUCCAUUAUCCAAUGGAAGGUAUGGCACGAGCCCGUCCACAGGCGCGAUACCGAGGAUGAGACAGAGACGGAGAAGAAAUGCUUCGAAUACCUCGACCUGACCUCGCGGUCAUUCGCCGCCGUCAUCAAGGAGCUGAACCCCGAACUGUUGAUGCCCAUCUGCCUCUUUUACCUGGUACUCCGUGGCCUAGACACCAUUGAGGAUGACAUGACAAUCGACAUCAAGGAGAAGGAGCCCCUACUGCGGAACUUCCACGUAAACAUGGAACAGGACGGGUGGACAUUUGACAAGAACGGGCCCAACGAGAAGGACCGCGAUCUCCUCGUGGGCUUCGACAAUGUCAUUACUGAGCUGAAGAAGGUCAAGAAGCCCUACUUUGAGAUUAUCAAGGACAUCACCAUCAAGAUGGGCAACGGCAUGGCCGACUACGCCGUCAACGCCGAGCACAACAUCAACGGGGUCAACACCAUCGAGGAGUACGAGCUGUACUGCCACUACGUCGCCGGACUGGUCGGCGAGGGCCUGACACGGUUGUUCGUCGAGAGCGAGCUUGCCAACCCGCAGCUGCUCGUGCGCGCCGACCUCACGGAGAGCAUGGGGCAGAUGCUACAGAAGACCAACAUCAUCCGUGAUGUGCACGAGGACUGGGUUGACAAGCGGCGCUUCUGGCCCAAGGAGAUCUGGAGCCAGUACGUCGACAACUGGGAUGACAUGUUCGCGCCCGAGAACCGCGAGAAGGCGCUCCAGUGCAGCUCCCACAUGGUGCUGAACGCGCUGAAGCAUGCCGACGAGUGCCUGUUCUACAUGGCCGGCAUCCGGGACCAGAGCGUGUUCAACUUCGUCGCUAUCCCCCAGAGCAUGGCCAUGGCAACCUUGGAGCUCGUAUUCCGCAACCCGGCCGUGUUCGAGAGGAAUGUCAAGAUCACCAAGGGCGACGCUUGCCAGCUCAUGAUCGAGUCGACGCAGAACCUGCGCAUCGUGUGCGACGUGUUCCGGAAGUACGUGAGGAGGAUACACAAGAAGAACGACCCGAGGGACCCCAACUUCUUGGCUAUCAGCACCCAGUGCGGCAAGAUCGAACAAUUCAUCGAGUCCAUCUUCCCUACCCAAGAUCCCAAGAAGAUCGAGGCAGCGCAGCCUCAAGCGCAGCCGUCCAUGGACAAGGGCGAGGCGUUCAUGCUGGUAUCGGCUGUGCUGGCGACUCUGAUCCUCAUCGGGCUUAUGAUGGUCGGACUUGCAUGGUUCAUGGGCGCCCACAUGGACAAAUUUUUCCUCCGCCUCGACGAAAUCCUCGGCGACAGCAUGCGGAAGCCGACGGCGACUCCCAUCCUGGGCCGCGACGAGCUCUGAGAUGGCGAAGACUAUUUACUGACGGGACAGGUUCGGGGGCGAAACGAGAUGUUUGGGUUCACGUUUCUAUAUACCUUUUCCUAAUGACACAUACCCUUCGAUACCGGUGGUCAUGUACACACAACGAUUCCUACGAGCGAGCUGGCGGUUGGCGCGGGAU